GGUGCGUGUCUCAGCAUGUGCCGUUAUCGCCCAGGAACGGACUCUGAGAUCACAGCCCCGCGCCUGCGCGCGCGCUCCCAUCCCCCUGCCGAUGCGGGCCAGCCGAGCCGUUGCGGAAUCCGGAACAAGUAAUAAUUCAAAGCAGCGCCUCACGCAGCCGGAAGCGGCCCUGUUCUACAAGGAAGUACUUUCGAGUAGGGGAGGAAGUGACGCCUUGUCGGACGGAAGGACAGAAGUUACUCGGUUUCCGGCCCGGAAGUGUCUGUGUUUGAGGCCCAAGAUGGCGGCGGGGAUGUACUUGGAGCAUUAUCUGGAUAGCAUUGAGAACCUGCCAUUUGAAUUGCAGAGAAAUUUCCAACUCAUGCGAGAUCUAGACCAGCGAACAGAAGACCUCAAGUCAGAGAUUGAUAAACUGGCCACGGAGUAUAUCAGCAAUGCACGGACUCUUUCUUCGGAGGAAAAACUGGGGCUUCUCAAGCAAAUUCAGGAGGCCUAUGGGAAAUGCAAGGAGUUCGGGGAUGACAAAGUGCAGCUGGCCAUGCAGACUUAUGAGAUGGUGGAUAAGCACAUCCGGCGGCUAGACACGGACCUUGCCCGUUUUGAAGCUGACUUGAAGGAGAAGCAGAUUGAGUCAAGUGACUACGACAGCUCCUCCAGCAAGGGCAAGAAAAAGGGCCGGGCCCAAAAGGAGAAGAAAGCUGCCCGUGCUCGUUCUAAGGGGAAAAACUCUGAUGAGGAGGCACCAAAGAUGGCUCAAAAGAAGCUGAAACUCGUCCGCACCAGCACGGAGUAUGGGAUGCCCUCAGUGACAUUUGGAAAUGUGCACCCCUCAGAUGUGCUGGAUAUGCCUGUGGAUCCCAACGAACCCACCUACUGCCUCUGCCACCAGGUCUCCUAUGGGGAGAUGAUUGGCUGUGAUAACCCUGAUUGCUCCAUCGAGUGGUUCCAUUUCGCCUGUGUGGGCCUGACGACAAAGCCAAGGGGGAAAUGGUUCUGCCCUCGCUGCUCCCAGGAGAGGAAGAAGAAAUAAAAUCCCUAGAGCCCCCUGGUGCAGUGGCCAGAGUCCCAUCUCUUCUGCUAGGGCCUCAUCAAGGCUCCCCCAGCCCCUGGGCCUUGAGGUUGGGGGGAGUCUUGCCCUGUUUGUGGUUAGGGUGACCUUUGAAUGGGCUGUGCCCUUAUGACAGUUCCAGUGUGUUCUGUAUCCCGUGCUGCCUUCAAAUUCCCCUUGGAGGUCCUUUGUGUGUGCUGUUCUAGAACAGGUCUCUGAAUCCCAGAGGGAAUGAGGGUAGCUAGGUAGCCCCCAGAUUCCCAGGGGUAGGAUGGUCCCCUGAUUUCCCUGGCUCACCCUUCACUCCCACUUAGAGUCCAUUGCCUGCAUCACUCAUUGCCAGGCUUAGUCGGGGAAGUGAAAGAUUACCUGAAUGCCCAUGGGAAGGAGGUCAGUCUCCCCAAACUUUAUAGGUUCCUGAUUUUAUUAGAUCUCUCCUGCGUGUGGGGGUAAGCAGACCACCUCUUCAUCUUACAGGUUGGUUAAAAAGUUGGAUCCCUUAGUCCCCUGCCCUAUCUUACAUUCCACUAUCAGCUCCAGUAUCAAGUGGUCUCUCUGUUGUAUGUGGGAGAGGAUGGAGUUUAGAGAUAGCCUAAGUCUCAUUUAUUCCCCUCUGGGAGAAUAUCUCAGGAAUGGGUACUGUGUCUUACAGGAAAGAGGAAGCGUUGGUGAUCUCAGGUGGAGAUGGCUCUGUACCACCUGUGCUUCUGCCCCAGAGUUCCCCAAUCCUUUUUGCUGUCCAAGAUCCUUUGUUCUGCUGGUGAUGGGAUGUUUGGGAAUCAAGAUCCUCCUUGUAAAAUAUGGAAUUAAAUAAAACCCAUUGAAACAAACA